CUCGCCUCGCCUCGCCUCAGCCCAGCGCCCCGGCCGCUCCCGCCAUGCGACUCUGGGUGCUCCUCAGCCUGCUGCUGCUGCAGGAAACGCUGCCGCACGUUAUUGGACAGCCUGCAAGGAGUAAGCGUCCAAAAGAACCUGGGGAAAACAAAAUUAAGCCUGUUAACAAAAAAGUAAAACCUAAAACCCCCAAAAUGAAGGAGAGGGAAUCUGCUGACUCCUCUUUGAAGUCCCAGUCCAUACUGACACAAGUGAUGGAUAAAGGUCGUUUCCAGAAACUAGCUGCCACUUUAAGCCUGUCUGCAGGACAAAGCAUAGAACUGCGAUGUAAGGGGAGUAAUGUUACUUGGAACUAUCCGUCAUACUUAGACACCUUUAAAGACUCCAGGCUCAGUAUAAAGCAGCUUGACAGGUACGGUCAGCUGAUCCUUGCAAACUCCACUGCAGCAGACACUGGUGAAUAUACCUGCUGGCUUCAGCUGUGCAAUGGUAACAAAUGCAGGAAGGAUGAGACUAAAAUGGGUUCAACGUACAUCUUUUUCACAGAUAAAGAGGAACUUUUUGUACCUACCCCCAGUUAUUUUGAGAUUGUCUACCUGAACCCAGAUAAACCUGCGGUCAUCCCCUGCCGUGUUACUACUCCUUCAGCAAAAGUAACUCUACACAGGGAAUUUCCAGCAGAAGAAAUUGAAACAGAUGGAACUGAUAUUAUUUAUGAUGUGAAGAAGGGUUUUGUCUACCAGCACCCUACUUCUGAUCAUAAAGGUAUUGUCUACUGCAAAGCAGAGUCUCAGGGAGCACCUCAGAUUUCCAUCAAGUAUCACCUGCUGUAUGUGGAAGUUCCCAAGGGCCCGCCCUCAACCACAGUUGCAGCAUCAUCCAAUAGAGCAGAAGUCGGUGACAGCGUUCAUGUAAUCUGCACAGUCCUUGGGGAGCCAGAUGUAGAUGUGAACUUCAGGUGGCAGUACCCAGGGCAAGAGUCUGAGAGGCCUGUGAUUAUCCAAAACUUCUGGAGACUGAUAAACAGAGGAACUGGACAUACCACAAGAAUCUCGAAGAGCGUUCUUGUUGUUGAGGAUUUUGAAGCCAGAGAUGCUGGAAACUACAUUUGUAUAGCUCAGAACCUACAAGGAGAAACAACAGUAGCUACUAAAGUUGAACUAAAUUGAUAGGAAAGGCUUCUUGACAAAGAAUGAACUGUAUGUUACUUGACAUUACAGCCAUUUAUUUUCUUUAUUAAUGUUUAAAUGACUCUUUUCAUAUGUCAAUGCAUUCCAUAUUCACUAGCUUGACAGGCCAAAACAGAGUUCCCUAUGCCUAGCAGUAGUCAGUUGUGAGUUAAUAAAACUACUAUGAAGCAUUAAAGUUUAAGCCUGAACAUGCAUACGGCUGCAUAUAUUUAGGAAUAGGUGCUCUUGGGCUUUCCUUUGCAUAUGUUCUUUUUCCUCAAACUCUUUUGUAAGGUUAACCCACUGUACGGUUUGUGCCUUAUUUGUGUAUGUGAGAACUGAGAGGAUAUUAAAUAUCCUCAAAAAUCCACCAAGCAGGUGUAUCUCUUCUGGUGCUGUGCAAUUUAGAGUACUGUACAUGUUUAAAACAACAAAAAACCCAACUUGUUACAGAAUUAGCCAAUAGCAAAUGUUUAUUUUGCAAGAAUAAUUAAAUUUUUGAACAUUAUGAAACCUUCA